AUGGACCAGUGUGGGUCGAUUGAAAGAGAGGCUUUUGUCUCUCUGUCUACGCCACGUAUAAGGCGCUCAAGGGCAGCCAUAAGCGCUCUGCUCGGUUUACUACUGCUCGUCAAUCUCGCGACGAGUCUUUAUCAAUUACCGCUCAACAGGGUCGUUGAAAGUCGUUUGUGUCGCGAUUACUACAGGGAGAAGGAGCCGUCCAGGUUUGGCCCAGAUGACAGUAUUUCCGAAGAUUUAUGCAAGCUUGACGAUGUUCAAAAGAGUCUGGCAUGGAUCCAAGGUGCAAUGGAUACUGCUUGGAUUAUCGGUGACUUCGUCAUGACCAUUCCCUUAGGCUUUAUGGCUGAGAAGUACGGCCAACGCGCAGUUUUAUGGCUUAACAUUGCCCCGAGAGUGUUCAUGCUGUCUUGGGCUGUCAUGGUGGGAUAUUUUGAUCAGCUGUUCCCCACCAAAGCCAUCAUCGCGGGCCCCUUCCUAUCAGUCUUUGGUGGUGAUUGCGUGUUCAAUUCGAUGACUUACGCCUUAGCCGCUGGAAUUACGGAUGACUACGUACUACGUGCGACUUACUUUGGAUGGAUGAGCUCUGUGUCCUAUGUUGUUGCGCUGCUUGGACCUGCCCUGGCUUCAGCUACUAUGACUGUAAUGCUAUGGCUACCCUUCUUCAUCGGAAUCAUACUUUUGGCACUAGCAGUACCCGCGAUAACACUGCUACCUGAUCAUCCUCAUACUGCUGAUGCAAAUGUCUUCGGUAAUCAGGAAGAGGUGCUGUCUCAUCCACUCAUCUCAUCUCCUUUACUUAAAGCUCAAACUUUGGAAACUUCCGCUCUGCAGGCUAUUUCCAUGCGAUUCGGAGAGCUCAGCUCUAUCUUGGCCAGCCAUCCACGCAACUUGACGCUGUUGUUCAUCUCGUUCUUCUUAACAUCUCUAGCGAGCUCCGACACUAAACUCUUAGUGCAAUAUAUAUCCAAACGGUACCAUUGGAGCUUUGCAUCAGCAGGCUAUCUUUUGUCGAGUAAGGCAGUCAUGAACUUCGUGCUAUUGACUGUCAUCAUUCCAUGGGUUUUACGCUCAAGACAUACACGUAGCCUGAGGAGCAGUUCGCCGGUCUCAACAGAUAGGGCCAAUUUGCGCUAUGCCCAAUUGUGCUUGGCUAUCUCGGUCAUCGGUGCUCUCGCUAUCGGACUCGCUUCUGAGCUUUGGUUCCUCAUUCCAUCUUUACUUCUCUACGCGCUUGGCUCCGCUCUACCAGUAUUUACCUUAUCACUACUCAAGUCGUCUGCAAUCGCGCCGGAGGAGUAUAGCAACCCGAAAUCAACCGACGUAGAGACGCAUCUAUUCUCAAUCACCAUGAUGAUCAAGACAUUAGGGUCUUUAGUUGGAGCGCCACUUAUGGCAGCGUUAUGGAUUCGAGGCAUCUCACUUGGAGAUGCAGCACUAGGGGUCCCUUAUUUUACAAGCUCGGCGAGCUAUGCUGCUGCUAUGUUGGUUCUUUCGAAGAUCCGAGCCUAG